AUAUCUAUUUAGAAAACAAUAAUAAAAGAGAAAUAAAAUUAAAAAAGAAAAAAAAAAAUUUAGAAUUUAAAUAUCUUUUGCACCAUAAUUAGUACGCUAAACACGAUAUACAAAUUGAGAUUUAAGUUAUUUGUGUUCGAAUUAAUUCACGUUAUUUUGUUAUUUGCUGUUCUCUGGCGACUACUUAAAGAUUAACUUUAUAAAUUUAUUAUUGUUCGGAUAGAAGAACGUUGUUCAGUUAAAAAAUAUAGGGGAAAAGAAAAAUGAAUGAAAAAGAAAUAAAUUAAGAAAUCUUUACACGGAACUAUUCUUUAUCCGGCGGAAGUAACAAUUAAAAGAACAACGGUAGACCCUUUUUAGGCAACUAUCAACCUAUCGAAAACAAUAAAAAAACGAAAAAGAACGGGGGAGGGAGAGCCAAUGAAGAAGGCCUAAAUAGAUGUGAAACAACUGUACAAUUGAAAUUCAAAUUAAAAAAAAGAAAGAAAUAAAAUCCAAAAAUGUUCUCUGCUGAAAAUCCAUAUUAUUUUAAUAAUAAUAAUAAGUCUCCAAAAACCCCGGAAUCUAGCAGUAAAGGAUUUUCAUUCUUUCGUCGAAAAAGUUCUAAAAGUAACAGCAAUAGUAAUUCACAACAGUCAAUUAUUUCAUCAUCAACAGUACAAUGCAAUAGAUCAAUUAAUUCUGCAACACUUGGCCAUGAUGCCAAUACAUCUCUUGGUAGUCCCAGAGGAAGUUUUGGUUCAUUAGGAUCAUAUCCGCAGGUUUUUGAAUUUCAAAAUGGUAACCAAACAAUUUACAGGCAAUCGAGUAUUAAAGAUAAAUAUAGAGAACGUCUUGGUUCAUAUAACGAAUCAUCAUUUGCGAAUCAUCAUCAUCAUCAUAUUCAUAACGAUAAUAUAGACGAUGUGUUUUUGUUACAAACAAGGACAAACGGAUGUAAUACAUUACCGAUAAAUUCAGAUGGAAAUCGGAGACAUUCCAUUGGAAAUUUUACACAUAGACAAAGAUGUGCUUCGCUUUCUGAUGAAGUUCCUAGAAUGAUUGCACCAAAACCACCAGUUAUAUCACCAAUUAAAUAUCGUCCUAAUAAGCGUAAAGAUUUUUGUCCUGAAGGUGCUAGUAUGGAUGAUAUUUUAAUUUUAACAGCUAAAAAUAGCGAGCGUGCUUUCACUUGGGCUAGCUUUUUAAGAGCUCGUUUUGAUAAAAUUACAAAACAGAGAGGAAGAAAACCAUUCAAUUUUCUGCAUCUUAAAAUAGACGAUGGAUAUUUUUCUACAGAUUUAGUAAAGAAAUGUCAAACUACUGCAUUACAAAUUUUAAUAUUUUGUCCAGCGGUAUUAGCAUUACCACAACAGCAAUUGAUAACACAAUUCUCAUCAAUUUUAAAUCAUGAUAAAGUUUUGGCAGUGUUGCUUGAAGUUGAAGAAAAGAAAUUAUUAGAAAUACAUAAAACAGCUCUUCCUUAUUAUAAAACAUGGAAGAAAUGUUAUAUUUAUCAAAAUGAUCAAUCAGCUAUAGGUAAUAUACUUGGAGUUGCAACUGAUAUUUUGGGAAGAGCUUUAUGUCAUCGUCCACCAUGUCAUGAAAUAAACGGGCCAAUUAAAACACCUUCUGAAGCAUUUACUGUUGUACCGAAAAAGGUUAGAAUUGGACAAAAUAAAAUCUUAGCUCUCUUAAAUGAACCUUUAUCAGUUGAUGAUUACAUUCGAAUAACAAUUGAUAAAUCAGGAGAAAUGAUCGAAAUAAAAAAUUUUAAACAACGAAAUCCUUUUACUAUUCAAUUUAAUAUUCCAGAAAUAUGUAUGGAAAUUUCUACAAUGAUAGAAGUUCAGAUUGAGAAAAGUGGGAAAAACCUAGGAAGUCGUCCAGUAAAAUGCGAAAGUAGAUUACGUGAAAUGGAAUUAUUGUUAAGAACGCAAGACAAUCCAAUUGAAUUCAUGUGUACCUCUCUAGGAAUUGGUGCAACUGAUCGUACUGGCUUGGAUGAUCACUUAUUGAAAUGUUUUCACAAAAAUAUGCCGCCAAAUUUUCAUCUGUUAGUCGGCCCAUCAGAAAAACAACUUUUUGCUAUGAAAGAUAAGCAUCCUGAGGAAUUUCCUACUUUAUUACAUUUUGCAGCCAAAUACGGAUUAGAACAAUUGUCCAUGCAACUAUUAGAAUGUCCCGGUGGUGACAGCGCUUGUGAAGUUCGAAACUAUAUUGGAAAGACCCCAUCGGAUAUUGCAGAGCAAGAAGGAUUCCAAAAAUUAGCAAAUAGUUUAAAAAGUUUUUCUCAAAUGCACGAAUUUUCUACAAUGUACCACUAUUUCAAAGGCAUCACGGAUUCUUCAAAUGAAUCAAAAGUUGUGAUCGAUACCAGAAAUUUCGAUAAUUUUUAUAAUAUUAAAACCUCAUCCCUACCCAAACAUUUCGACAAGAAAUUUUCAUCGAAUCAAAAAGUUUUAAAACCGAAUAAUAGUACAAAGACUCAAUUAGAAUAUAUGGAAAUGAGCAGUGGUAGUGAAAAUGAAAAAACUGAAAUGAAAUCGGUAGCAGUUGCAAAUUUAAAUUAUAUUAAAGUAGAAAAUUCAGAUGACAAAACAGUUGAUGAAAUAGAUGGAGCGUUGGAUAGAAUUAAUUUAAGUAACAAUUCAAGUAGCAACGAAAUUACUAACGAAUUAAAAAUCAACGAACCGCCAUAUUAUCAGUCAAAUGAAAGAAAUAAUAAAAAUAAUUGUAAUGGUAACGAAAGUCGUUCAGGAUCUGCGGAUCAAUUUAGUCAAGAAUGUUCAAAUGUUUUAGAAAAUUGCAGUAUAUCUAGUCAAUCAGAAUAUUUGCUUCAACCUUCCAAUGUUCCAAUAAAUUUAAAUGGCGAUUAUUUGACUCAACCAUCAAACAGACCUGUUAAUGAACUAGUAACAGCUUUCAGAAGUGCAGACCAUAUAACUAGUAACGGUAACAGUUUUACAGAUUCACAUGUUAAAAUGGUUUUUGAAAAAAAGAAAUCAUCCUCAACAUCGUCAUCUGGUGGUGGAACAUUGAAAAGAAGUCAUAGUGAUGUAUCAAAUAAUAAAGGAAAUGUUGAUGAUGAGUUAGCUGAAAUCAUGAAUGAUUUUAAAAAUAAUGUUCUUUCUAUUAAAGAAGUCGAACAAUUAGUUGAAAAAUGGAAAAACAGAAAUGAUGUUAAACAAAGUUUCAUAGAAAAGCAAGAGCAAAUUGAAAAAUUACGCGAAGAAUAUGAAAAGAUUCAAGAGAAAAUGAAAGAAAAAAUGAAACGUCCAACACCAUUCGAACGUGUAAAAAAAUUGUUUUCACGUAGUAAAUCUAAUCAUAAAAUUGAAACAAAUGCUAUCAGUCAUCAUAAUCAACAUGAUGACUUAGACGAAACUAAAUUGUCUGUUCGAUCAUCGCAAUCAUCAAGCCAAAGGCCAAUCAGUAGUUUAAGUACACAAAGUGUUUCUUCAUCAUCAUCUUCGGGACGUAUGAGUACUGGUAGUGCAUGUAGUGGUGCAAGUCUUGGCGAUAGUGGAACACAUUCUGAUCACGAUGACCGUUUACGACAUCAAAUUUUCUCAUCGAAUUGUCGUAUUGGUUCACCUGGUAGUCUUGUAGAAAACUAUUUAAUACCACCACCACCCAGACCUGUGCUAACACCAAUUUCAACAUCAUGUGACGAUAAAGACCGUAUAACAUUUUCGACAGGAUUUCGUUCAUUAAAUACACCGACGAGUCCAAUGGGUGUUCUAAAUAAUAGUGCUGAACAUUAUAUUAUUUUUCCAUCAAAUAUACCUGUAUUCCAAGAAAAUCAAACUAGUUCACUUAAUACAAUCAUCGAAGCCAAAGAAAUGCCAAAUGAAAAUCAUCGCCAUCAAAUUCAUCAGCAUAACGUUGCUAUUCCAACACCAAUAAAAUUAAAAUUUCUACAAGAAAAAAAUAUUAUUUAUGGUAAAUUAACUAAACAAAAUUCCAAAGAUUUAUUAACCAGUUUUAAAUCACCAACAAAUCCACAACCUCAAAAUAUUAUUGAAACUCAAGAAAACGAAAAAACUUCUGUUAUUAUUGAUGUUAAAAAAGAAAUGAAUGAAGUUUAUCAAAAUAUCAAUAGUUUAACUGAGGAAAAAGAAAAUAAUAAUACCAAAAAAUGUGUUCAAGAAGGUUCUUCAGAAUUUGAUGAAAUAAAUUUGAUUAGAAAAAAUAGUUGUUCGAGUAGUUCAAGUAAUAAUAAUAACAGCGAUAGUUUAAAUAAUACAAAUAAUAAUAGCAUUAAUAGUAAUAAUGAAAAUGAUGAACAUAAUUACAUUAAUAUUUAAGAAAAACACAUUACAAUGAAAUAUAAAGCAUACAUAAAUAUUAUUUACACAUUUUGUUAUAAUAGUUAAUUUUUUUCUUUUAAGAUUUAUAGAACACUAAGUUUAAUAAUUAAAUAAAUUUUUAUUUUAGAUUAAGAUUAUUGUACAAGAAUUUUCCAAAAUAUAUUUUUUUAGAUAUAGAAUUUUCAUCACAAAAAUAUUUAUUAUCAUUUAUUUUAUAUUCUAAUUAUACAUUAUAAAAUAUAUAUUUAAAUU